AUGAAGAAGGUACAACGCUCCAUCCGUUUCCCGUACACCGUGUUCAUAUUCAUCGUCGGGCUCGGCAUCUCGUUCAACGACGUCGGUUUGAAGCGCCAGGGCACCCUGUCGGCCUGGUUCCACAACAUCAAUUUCCACAUUCUCAUGACCUUCGUGCCCGCCGCCACAGUAUACGCCACACAGGGAAUAAACCACAUCAUCCUCCGCAGGUGCGCCAAGGAGACCAUGGUCUUCUCUGUUGGCACACUGGGGAUGAGCACGGCGGUGUCGGCGCUGUACGCCUUCAGCUUCUUGGAAACGAAGAACGUAAGAAACAGCGUGCUUUUCGGCAUCCUGCUGUGCACCGUCGAGAGGGUGCCCGUUGCCGACGAGUUGUUUAAAGAAGGCCGCUAUCCAGUCCUCACCACGAUGCUGCAAGCAGAAACCAUCGUAAACAACUUGGUCGUCUGGUCUUUCCUUCGGCAGAUGGCAUCUAAGAGCGACACCGUGUUCAGCGCGCGACUGCACAGCCUGCUCCUGAGCCACGUCGGUGGCGCCCUCUGUGGCGCUGCCAUGGGCAUGGCGGCCAUACGGUCCCUCCGGCUGGCGCCACAGAGCCAGAGCAGCAACACCGUCCUCCUCAUCCUCCUCACCUAUCUCACCUUUUGCCUACUCGAGGUUGCGGGCGCUUCAGGCGUCGAUGGCGUGGUGGUCUUCACGCUCGUCACCAACGCGCAUCGCCGGGUGGCCUGUACCGAGCUCGAGGGCCUGCUGCACAAGUACUGGUCCGCCAUCUACAACCUGGUGGGCCUCGUGUCUCUCUUCAUGUCCUCGCUGUGCUUGGGCGAGCUCCUGCUCAUCUUUUUCGAGAUGGAGCAACUGCAGAGCGCGCUCCUGUCGUACUGCGUGCGGACGGGGGCGCGCAUCUUCUCCCUGGUCGCACUUUUUCCCAUCAUCGAGCAGAUCGGGUAUCCGGUGUCCUGGCGCCAGGCCGUUAUCACUGUCUGGAUGGGUCUCAAGGGUCCGCUCAACAUCACCGUAGCGUCCUACUACUACCACGCCGAGGCAAGCAGGAACGUCGACUUUGUCUCUAAGACACUCCUGCACGUCGCCUGCGACAUUCUCCUUUCCCAGCUGAUAAAUCUCACGCUUCUCGAGUUUGUGUUCAGGUUAUUUGGUAAGGCUCCCGGCUUUACUCCCGGGACGAUCGAUUAA